GUUUGCAGUAUGGCGGAAAGUUGGCGCAGAAAGUGCUAGCUGAAGAAAGUUGAUAUCUGUUUAACAAAUUAUAACUGAAUUUUAACGCUGAUUCAAUCAAUGUUGAAGAGCAAAACGUCACUUUUAACAACGACCAUGCCAUCUGCCUGCGACCCCAUGAUUGAUGACAUCGAGGACAUGGUGUCCGCACAUGAUCCUACUCCUCACGAGCGCCAGUUCGCAAGGAAAAGCAUCAUCCCGCGCUCCAGGAGACGUAAGAUGGAGCAGCAGACAACAGAGGAAAUGCAAACAGACAGUUUGAUCCCCGGCACUCAGAAGAUCUGGAUGCGGACGUGGGGCUGCUCCCACAAUAGCUCAGACGGGGAGUACAUGGCCGGCCAGCUGGCAGCCAGCGGAUACAAGAUGACCGAUGAUCCUGCGGAAGCUGAUCUGUGGUUGCUGAACAGUUGCACAGUAAAGAACCCGGCGGAGGACCACUUCAGAAACUCAAUCAAGAAAGCUCAGGAGCAGGAGAAGAAGGUGGUGUUGGCAGGUUGUGUUCCUCAGGCCCAGCCCAGGAUGGAGUACUUAAAAGGCCUCAGUAUAAUAGGGGUGCAGCAAAUUGACCGUGUUGUGGAGGUCGUGGAUGAAGCUGUCAAAGGUCACUCGGUGCGUCUGCUGGGCCAGAAGAAGGAUAAUGGGCGUCGUCUGGGAGGGGCGCGACUGGACCUGCCCAAGAUCAGGAAGAACCCUCUCAUAGAAAUCAUAUCCAUCAACACAGGAUGUCUGAAUGCCUGUACCUACUGUAAGACUAAGCAUGCUCGUGGGGAUCUGGCCAGCUACCCAGUGGAUGAGUUGGUGGAACGCGCUCGGCAAUCCUUCCAGGAGGGUGUAUGUGAAAUCUGGCUGACAAGCGAGGACACGGGUGCGUACGGCCGGGACAUCGGCACAGACCUGCCCACUCUGCUCUGGAGACUGGUGGAGGAGAUCCCAGAGGGGGGCAUGCUCAGACUGGGCAUGACCAACCCACCAUACAUCCUGGAACACCUGGAGGAGAUGGCUAAGAUCCUGAGUCACCCGCGUGUCUAUGCGUUUCUGCAUGUGCCAGUGCAGUCUGCGUCGGACAGUGUGCUGAUGGACAUGAAGAGGGAGUACUGCGCCGCUGACUUCACACACGUAGUGGACUUCCUCAAGGAGAGGGUUCCCGGCAUCACCAUCGCCACGGACAUCAUCUGCGGGUUUCCGGGGGAGACGGAGGAGGACUUCCAGGAGACCAUGGAGCUGGUGCGGACGUACCGCUUCCCCAGCCUCUUCAUCAACCAGUUCUAUCCCCGGCCUGGCACCCCCGCAGCCAAGAUGGAGCAGGUCCCCGCACACAUAAAGAAACAGAGGACCAAGGAACUGUCGGCACUGUUUCACUCCUACAACCCCUAUGAUCACAAGAUGGGUGAAAGACAGCAUGUGCUCGUCACAGAGGAGUCUUUUGAUGCUCAGUACUAUGUAGCACACAACAAGUUCUAUGAGCAGGUGCUGGUUCCCAAGGACCCUGGUCUGAAGGGCAAGAUGGUGGAGGUGGACAUCUACGAGACGGGGAAGCACUACAUGAAGGGCCGGCUGGUGGAGGAGUCCCCCGUGCUCACGCCCUCCAUCGCACAGCCGCUGCAGCAGGGCCAGGUGUCGGGGCUCACGCAGGAAGUGAAGUCUCCGUGUGAGAAUGGCGUCCAUGCGGCUGCAGUGGCGGCCCCCAGUCUGUCCUCCGGGGGACGCUGGGACCCAGAGACCCUGAAGAUGAUGUCCGUAGCCACCGCCAUCUUCGCCAUCCUGCUGGUCUUCGUCCUGGAGAAGAUCUACUGACGCACCAGCAAGAAACAAGAGACGCACAUGCGUAGACACAGAGACUCACAUGUACCCCUGCAAGAUGUGUCAUCUUGGUCAAUUUUCAUGGAGGCUAUCUGUGCAUGGACUGUCACUUUGUACAGUGCUACUGUGUCUGUGCGUGUGUGUACGCUCGUGUAUAUGUGUGUGGGUCUGUGUGCUUGCGUGUGUGCGUGUGUGUUUUUGUGGGCACAUAUUUGUGCUCGUCCAUGUUUGUCCAAAGAGUGUGUUUGAUCAUUGUUUGAAGUUUGAAACUGUGUGUGCGCGUGUGUGUGCAAGCUUGUGCUUGUUUUUGUAGAUAACAACAAUGUAAAAAUGUAGGUGAUUUCCCUUAGAGAGGUGGGAAAUGUCUUUAUUUUGUUCCUGUAAGCCUGGACUACACCAGGGGGGGGGGUAUUCCAAGAAGAUGGUUAAGUUGAGCUACAGGCUAGGUUGACCUACAGAGAGUAGUAAACCUGCUAAUAGAUGGCCUUGAGGCAUCAUUUAACUAAAAAAAAUGAGGACCUCAGCCUUCAUAAUUAGCUGAUUUACGGUAGCACUGCCUCCAGCUUAACUUAACCUGCUUUGCAACUGAAUAAGCUUCUUGGAAUAGCCCCCAAGCUGUGUGAGUGAGUGGGCCACAGAUAUCCUCUCGUGAAAUCAUUAUAUUCACCUUAGUUAGAAGGGUUUUAAAUGGACUGCAAAGACUAUUUGGUUUUAUUGUAUUUAUUUAUUUUAAAACCUCAGCAGCAGUGGAGACAGACACAGUGUGUGUAUUUCUGAAUCAGUGCUUAUUUCUUAAUAUUUGUUUUUCUUCUUCUCAUUGUUUUAUUAUGGAAUGGGUGUACAUCGUAUUGCUGCUACAGUUUGAGAAAUACAUGCACACACAUACCAGCACCAUCACAGUUCACAUUCAUCACGAUUCAUUUUGAUUGAUUCAAUAAACAGCAGCUCCAAACCCA